CAGAGUCCGCCCACCAACCCCCUAUACCCAAGUCAUAUUUAGGCGUAGAUCGUGUACAUAGUUUCUUUGCAAGAAACAAUGGCGUCUACUCUAUUAACCAAAGCCUUCGUCGGAGCUUCAUCCUCCUGUGAACCCUCACGCUUGGCCUCUCUACGUCACUCAGAUCUCGGCUCUGCAAACCUCCGUAUAUCAACUCACCGCCGAUCGCCACCUAAAAAACUCGAGAUACAUGCAGCUGGAAGUACAUAUGGAAAUUACUUUCGUGUUACAACAUAUGGUGAAUCCCAUGGUGGAGGUGUUGGUUGUAUUAUUGAUGGGUGUCCUCCUAGAUUUCCCAUUUCAGAGGCUGAUUUACAAGCUGAUCUUGACAGAAGGAGACCAGGUCAGAGCCGAAUUACUACACCUAGAAAAGAAACAGACACAUGCACCAUAUUUUCAGGAGUAGCUGAUGGAUACACAACUGGAUCUCCAAUCAUGAUAAAUGUACCCAACACAGAUCAAAGGGGAAAAGACUACAGUGAAAUGUCAAAGGCUUAUCGACCUUCUCAUGCUGAUGCUACUUAUGACUUCAAAUAUGGUGUACGAUCAGUAGAGGGUGGUGGUCGAUCAUCAGCUAGGGAGACAAUUGGGAGAGUUGCCUCUGGAGCUGUUGCAAAGAAGAUUCUCAAGGCAUAUUCUGGCACUGAGAUUCUUGCGUAUGUGUCACAAGCCCACACAGUUGUGCUUCCGGAAGAUCUAGUUGAUCACAAUACAUUGACGCUUGAACAGGUUGAGAGCAAUAUUGUUAGGUGCCCGGAUCCCGAGUAUGCAGAAAAGAUGAUUGCUGCAAUCGAUGCUGUUAGAGUGAGAGGUGAUUCCGUUGGUGGUGUUGUCACAUGUAUUGUUAGAAAUGCUCCAAGGGGACUUGGUUCACCAGUUUUUGACAAACUUGAAGCUGAGUUGGCUAAAGCAGCCAUGUCCUUACCUGCAACAAAAGGGUUCGAGAUUGGAAGCGGAUUUGCAGGUACCCUUUUAACGGGUAGUGAACAUAAUGAUGCGUUUUAUACGGAUGAAAAUGGGCGGAUUAGGACAAGAACAAAUCGUUCUGGUGGGAUACAGGGUGGAAUUUCUAAUGGAGAGAUCAUAUACAUGAGAAUAGCCUUCAAACCAACAUCUACCAUUGGAAGGAAGCAGAACACUGUGACAAGAGAUAAAAAUGAAACAGAACUUAUAGCUCGUGGCAGACAUGAUCCUUGUGUUGUCCCAAGAGCUGUGCCCAUGGUUGAAGCAAUGGUGGCAUUGGUUCUAGUUGAUCAAUUAAUGGCACAAUACGCACAAUGUGAACUUUUUCCCAUCAAUCCAGACUUCCAGGAACCAUUGAAGGGGCCAGAACUUUAUUCAGCUGCACUUUUUUAAAGCGCUUCACAGAACUUCACCAUUUUGCCCUUUUGUCACCCUUAAAAGAAAGUGAAGAUUUUGUUUUCAUUAGAAUUAGAGUAUGU